AUGUCCGGCCCAAACCCUCUUCGCCCCUACUACAUCCCCCCGCCACCCGUGGGCUUCGAUACCAGCCCGCUUCCCCCGCCGUCGCUCCCACCGUCUGUCCACAAUGCCUCCUCGUCAUUCAACCUAUUGACAGACCUGCAGGACUACACAGACUAUCUUGAUAGUCCGAGUCCUAACGAGGUCCUGAAGAACUUCUUUACGCAGGCGGCCGCCCAGUAUGGUCUGAAUCUUGUUGCGCAGCCCUUCGAGAAUAGCAAGAUGCUGCUGCAAUGUAGGGUUGUGCCGAGGCGUGAGGGUGGGGUGGUGGGUGCGAAGGGAAAGGGCAGGAAGAAGGAGAGUACAUGGAGAAAGGGACGGGCAUAUGACAGUGCGGAUGAGGACAAUGGGAGUGAUGAUGACGAUGCAGAUUCUACAGACUCCGAGCCUAACUACUUUGCGUCCGAUGAUAUUACGCCGACGCCCAAGAAGCUCCGCCGCUCCCCGUCCCGUGGCCGUAAGAUGACCGACCGCGCUGGAUAUGUUGUUGAGACCACAACCGACCCCGAUACAGCGCACCCAUGGCAGAUUGAACUCCCACACCCCGACAGCAGUAUCAGCGACAUGCUCAAAGCGCUGUGGGCUAAAGAGGGCGCAUGGGGUAUAUGGAAGGGGCAAAACAGCUCUUUCCUGUAUGGGAUUCUCGAGCGCACGAUCGAAUCAUGGGCCGGCAGCUUUUUGAGCGCCGUAUUGAGCCUGCCCGAUCCAGGCCUGACAGAGAUCGCUGAUAGUGCGUAUCCUCUGGCUAGUCUGGGUGUUGCCGUUGCGGCGGCGGCAAUUUCAGCGGUGGUGCUGGCGCCGUUGGAUAUCGUGAGGACGAGAUUGGUGAUAACGCCCUCCACCGAGCAGCCCCGCAAUAUCUUGCCAUGCCUGCGUCUCCUCCCCUCCUACUUCAUCCCUCCGUCCCUUAUCCUCCCAGCUACACUCCACGCAACCAUCCCAUCCUUUAUCUCCCUCGGCACGCCGUACUUUCUGCGCACACGCUUCGGCUGCGACCCGAUCCUGACGCCGACGCUAUUCAGCAUCCUGACGUUCUUCAGCAGCACCGCGGAGCUUGCAGUACGGUUGCCUCUGGAGACAGUAUUGAGGCGGGGACAGGUCGCAGCAGUGAAGCCGCAGAGAACCAUUGUGCCAUUGGGCAGGUAUGCGGGUGUGUUUGGGACGAUGUGGUGCGUGGUGAAGGAAGAAGAGGGCGGAGAGGCAUUGUGGAGAGGGUGGAGGUUGGGCCUCUGGACUAAUGUCGGCGUACUGGGGUUGGGAUUGGUCGGCGUUGGUGUCGCAGGCAGGGAAGAUAGCGAGUUUUAA